UCACUCUUGUCUGCAGGCAUUGUUUCCAUCUCCCAUUGUUUGAUCUUGACCCGGAUCGUUGCUAGAGUACUUGCCCGUUUCGAUACAUAAACCCUCUCUUUGGUUAGCUUUUAGGUCGGACGGUGUAGUUUCGGGAUGGCGGAUGGGAGCAGCGGUGCGGUUAAUCUGCCUCCCGGAGAUCCGCAGCUAAUAGGCCUGAUCGUGGAGCAUCUGAAGAACCGGGGCCUGUUCGACGAGUUUCGGAGAGACUGUCUGGGAGAUGUGGACACAAAGCCAGCCUAUCAAAAUCUGCGACAGAAGGUGGACAACUUUGUGUCCACUCACCUGAGCACUCAAGAGUGGAACCCAUCUAUCAACAAAAACCAGGUGCGCAAUGGACUAAGGCAAAGCGUUGUGCAGUCAGGCAUGCUGGAGUCUGGCGUGGACAGAAUCAUCACUCAGGUGGUGGACCCCAAACUCAACCACAUUUUCAGACCCCACAUAGAGAGCGCCAUUCAUGAUUUUUUGGCCGCCGAGAAGAGGGAGGAGGGAGUGCCAAAAGCGAUGCCGGAGACCGAGCAGCGAGAGGCACCCUGCGCCGCGCCGAAAACGCCAUGAGCACCCGUUGGGCCAGGUGAAGAUUGAUACGGCAGCAGCUGAUACUGCACAAGAUGGCAGAGGGUGGGACUGCACUGCUGGUCAUGUGUGAGAUUACUGAAGCAUCUCUGUACCUGGGGACAGUGUUGUGAAGACUGAAGAGGACACUCAUGAAUGUGUCUGCACAAUUGAGUGUUUUUUUUUUUUUUUACAUGUGGAGGGUAGCAGUUGUGCCUCUCAGAGUGAUAGGUUCUAAUGCCUUUUGUCUGUUUGAUUGCACUGACUAUAAAAAGGCAGCUAAAGUGUU